UUUGUGCUGCUUCCAAGAAGAAAUCUCUUUCUGGUGUGGACAAUAUAGCUGCCAAAGGCUCAGAAGGGUUUCAAGCUAUGGAGGGAUUGAUAAUAUUGCUUGGUGAAUGUGUUUACCAGCUUCGUGGGUAGAUGAGCACAAAAACAGGCUUUGAACAGCCUGUCAUUACCUGAAAUCUGACUUCAAACUCCAUGUUCAGGAAGACCAUUGUUGUCCUGAUCACUGUUGGACUUAUACACUGAGCACUAAAGAUUCUUGCAGCCAUCCCGAUAAUGUCCACUUUGAAGUGAUGACCUACGUCUUCUGCUGAAUGAGGUUGAGUUCUCCAUAUCAAGUGUUGAUACAAAAUACUAGUGUCCAUCACAGAAGGAGGAAGUAGCGUAGGAUUUUGAAUAUGCCAAGGACCGCAUCAUUGGUCUGAAACAUCAUAUUGUUCGUACAGUGGCUCAGGAAAAAUGCAAAGAGGAUAUCCUGACAAAUCUCACUUCAUCACAAGCACUUCUGACCAUGGAUUAGGCUAUGAAAUAUCUGCCCAGGCGAUUUAGGGAAGCUCAACAAGACUGGUUUGGCAAGAAAGGCAUAUCCUGGCAUAUGACUGUUGCCGUAAUGAAAUCUAGUAGUGAAUUGGAGCAGUGUAUCCAGAAUUGGUGGAGGGUACUAUUAGUGUUGGAAGCUCCAUCGCUUGAGCUGAAAGCAAGACAUCUAAACAUUGAGAAAAUCUAUCUGAGGUCAGAUAAUGCUGGGUGUUACCACUGUGCACCACUUAUCCUGUCCAUAACAGAUCUCUCCAAAGACGUAAACAUCAGCAUUUCAAGAUAUGACUUCUCUGAAGCACAGACAGGUCAUGUUGAUCCUGGUGAAACUAUCUAUGAUGCUGCCCUCCGAGAAACAACUGAGGAGGCAGGACUCCUACCAGAGCAUCUUAACAUUUAUAAGGAAAUCUCAUGGACAAUCCAGUACCAGACCAAGAAAGCCAAGACAAAGGAGGUUGUUUAUUGGCUUGCACAGAUGAAAGAUUGUUGCACUCCAGUUGUUUUAUCCAGUGAGCACCAAGCAUACAAGUGGUUGGGUGUUGCUAAGGCCAGUGCGAUUGCCAAGUACAGGGACACCCAAGGCAUGCUAUGGGAAGCUGAGGAGUACAUAAAUAAAUGACAUCGAUAAUCAAGUUCCUACGACAGAAUUCAGACGCUUCAAUAUCAAUACUGUACCUUUCAUAGGAUUUUUACUAAGCGUAGUGUGUGAUUUAUUUUUAUGUUUUCAUUUAAAGAAUUGAUGAAGACCAUGAGGAUACAUGAGAAAACAGAAGUUAAAAAGUAAUCUGAAUGUGCAAUUUUAUACCUGUACGUGAUCAAUGCCUGAAUGAAACCAGUUUCAAUUAUUUAUAAUGACACACAAGAUAUAUUUAUUUCUAUAUAAUUUGUUUAUUUUGCCUUCUUUUCAUGAUGGCACAUGUUAGCACAGCAAGGCUUAACCAUGCAACCAACUGGUUCACCCCUUGCUUUGUGUUACCUUUCUGAGCAUUUUUUUGUGCAUGGCACCAAGCCCGACCAAGAGAAUGAGAUAGAAGUUAUAAAUGCCAGUGUUCCCGGUGGGAUCACGCCUGUCCUGGGGGAAUGAGUUAUGUAUGAAGUACUUUUUUUCCUAUUUUGCGUGAUGGUUUCAGUCACAUGUUGAACGUUUUUUCAAGAAAUGUUUUGAAUCGAAAACAUCAAUGUCAUCAGAUACUUCGCUUGCAGAUUGUGAUUUAUUCAUUCAUGUUAACGAUAAUAUGGUCACUGAAAAAAUCAAAUUAACUCCUUAAAAAUUAAUAUUAAUUUAAAUGAAUUCAUACAGCGUGCAUGUAGUUAUUUUGAAGUAAUGCCAUCAAGAUGCAUAUGUAUAUUACAGCUCUUUUUAUUUAUCUCCGAAAUGCCCCACGCAAAGACAUACUGUUGAAUGGAAGGUUCCACUCAGUGUAUUUUAAUGAUUGUUCUUGUAUCUCAUUUUAGCAGAUUAUCGAUCAUGUGACACCUUGGUGAUUCUUAUGCUAAAGACAAUUUGCAUAUGAGCAAAAAUGUGAAGUUAAAAUUUGCCAGAAUUUUGGAUAUUCUGCCAUCGUAAGUUUGUCUGCUUUGCCAGUCAGCAAAGUUUUCUCACAAAUAUUUUCGAUGAACAAACUUUUGGUUCAAAUUUGAGCAGAAAUCACCUAAAUCGACAGUGUCUUCCUGUAAAUGGCAACCAGAGCUCUGUGUACAGAGAAUAGUACCAACUUCAAAUGUCAAAAAGAGUUAACAUUUGCAUAAAACAUGUUCCAGAGUAAACAUUUACAUUAUUGAGCCCUUAAAUCUCAAUGUAUGUAAAUUUGUCAGUUAAUCACCCGGUUAUAUGUAGUUUUUAUGAUGCCACUUAUAAGAUGGGCCUUCUGAAGAAUACAGGUGUCUACUUCGGCAAAAUUCAGCAAAGUGAUUUUCAAGAAAAGACGGUGUCAUCAAUCAAUUUUUUUCAAACUUUGGAACCAAAAUGGCUGUUUAUCAUGUGUGGGCUAUUCAUCGUGUUUAGGGACUGCUUGGGCAAUUUUGACAUGACGUAAUCACACUUGAGUAUUAUGCAAAGAUAGGUCGUGGAAACGAGCUGCCAUAACAAGUAUUGUAGUUGUAUGUGAUACGCAUGCCAUUUUGUAGCUGUUUUAUUCUAGGACAAGAGGGCAAAAGGGCCAAAACAGGCAUCAAAAGAAUCUUUUUCUAAAACUAGAGUAUAUAUCAUUACAAACGUGCGUUUUGUUUGGUAGUUAAUAUGAAAGAAAAAGUGAACAACUGAUAUAGAUGUGGACGAAAGUAACGAAUUUCUGUAACUCUCUCACAUUACGAACGCUGGAAUGUACCAUACCACUUCAAAUUAUCAACCAUGGAUAUGUCUGAAUGGUCGUAUCCAGGCCACUUAUCCCCAGAACAAAUAUGCUUGUAAUUUUUAAUAAAGACAUUGAU